UUAAUGUCGCUUAACAUUUUAUAAGCGUUUUUAUUUUAUUUUAUUUUUUAUAUAUCUAACUCCACAAGCCACGCAUAUCUUUUACAAUCAAACUGAAAACAGACUGUGCCAAAAAGCUAUCUCUUCAGGCAGUGAGAAACUCCAAGUCUCGAACCCUCCAUUUUCUCUGCAUGCUGACCACCCUUCCUACGGACUUAGCUACUAUUUCUUGACGCUAUGUUUAAUUUCUUUAAGGUGAUUACUGACAAGACUCUUCAAGAUCAGCAGCUGAAACUUCCACCAAAGUUCGUGAGAAAAUGCAAGAAAAAUCUUCCGGACUUAAUAGUUCUUGAAGUUCCUGAUGGUAAGACGUGGGAGAUGAAGUUGGAGAAAGAUGAUGAUGGAAAGGUUUGGUUAAGGAAGGGUUGGCCAGAGUUUGCCCACUACUAUUCUAUACGAAAAGGAUACUUCCUCGUGUUUAAAUAUAAUAAAGAAAAAUCUAAUUUCCAUGUUUGCAUAUUAGAUGAAAAUACUAGUACGGAUAUUGAUUAUCCAACAAAUCGCUCUAAAACCACUGCUAAUAAUAUUCAAGGGAAGAUAGAAACCGAGUCUGAUAAUGAUGAUGAUGAUGAUCAUUCUGUCCAAAUUCUGGAUUAUUUUCCUAAGUACCAAACUGGAUGGAAAAGAGAGCCUACAGAGUCUCUUCGGUCUCAGAAAGUGAAGAGGAACCGAACUGGUAUUGAUCAUCGUAAAGAAACCAAAGCUAGGCAAAUUACAAAACCCUCUGUGCCAGAGAGAAACCUGAAAUGCUAUCGUUCAAUAUUGCCAGAAAAUAAAGGGCUGAAAUUUCCAAAGCAAAAAGGCAUUAAGAGAGGAAAGCAAACAAAAAUCCUUCAUCAUCUAACAGUGGAGGACAAGGCUAGAGCUAUUAAAAGAGCUAAAGCGUUUAGGUCUAAAUACCCUUUAUUCGAAGUUGUCAUGCAACCAACUUAUGCCAGCGGAAUGUAUCUGAUUAUACCAACGGGCUUUGCACAGAAGCAUCUGGGUAAUCAACGUAGAAAACUUAUCCUUCGCAAUUCAGAUGGGAAAACUUGGCGUGUGCAGUACAUCUAUGAAGCAAAUGCAAGGCCAAAAGCAAAAUUGAGUAGUGGUUGGAGGCAGUUUGCACGAGAGAAUGGUGUGGAAGUAGGUGAUGUUUGUGUGGUUGAGUUUAUCAAGGACAAAAGAAUUUAUUCAUUGCGAGUGAAUAUUUUCUGAUCCUAUUCAAGAUAUCGAAACUGUGGUCUUUCUCACCUUUUGAAUUUAAUGCUAUGUAAAUUAGCUUUAAACUCCAUUAAUGCUGCUUUCGCUGUCAACUUUUGUGGAGCUCUGUUAGAUUCUAUAAAAUCCUUCUAGCUUCUUGGAAUAUUUGGUAUUCCAUGAAUACAUAUGUAUGUAUACAAAAAUUUUAUGGUAAAGAUAAUUUUUAUGAGGAUCGCAGUAUUAGUGACGGUUUUUCAUAGUAUUAACGAUAGUUUAUUAGAAAAUUGUCAUUAAUAUUAUGAAAAACUGUCACCAAUACUGUGGUCCGUAUGAGGA